AUGGCAAGUUUAGACAUGAUGUACAACUCAUCGGAACAAAAGGGUCAUCAUCACAAUCAUCCUCAUCAUUGUGCUCCAAUGAGUCCAAGAAUCUCUUUCUCAAAUGACUUUGUAGAUCUCCAACAAGCCAUGAAACAAGAAAGAGGUUCCAAAUCCAACCACUCACAACCAGUUUCCUCAGAUUUUGAAUUUUCUGUCACUAAUUACUCAAUGAUGAGUGCUGAUGAGCUUUUCUCUAAGGGAAGAUUGUUACCUUACAAAGAUAAUAAGAUGCAAAGAGGUGCUACUACUACUCUUAAACAAGAACUUCUUCAUAAUGAUGAUGAAUAUGAUGGUUUUUCUUUAAGGCCUCCUAAGGGUAGAUGGAAGGGACUUUUAGGUCUUAGAAAAAGUCACAUUGGCUCUAAAAAAGCUGAGAAAAAUGAAGCUAAUUCUCAGGAAAUGGUGAACGAAGGAAGCUCAAGUUAUUAA